UUUGUUUGUAGACUCACUGAAACAUGGCCACCCUGGCAACCCCGCGAUGCGCCGACACACACUGCUCGGGAGAGGGGGACUCCUGCAGCCACAGCGGGGGGCGGAGGCUCGCCUCGCAGGGAGCCGCUCAGUUUCUCCGGGAGGCCGAGAAGAACCGCAGGCAGAUUGAGAAGUUGGAGAAAGAGAGGACGCUGGGCGUUCAGUGCAGAAAGAAUGGCUGGACAGAUGUGCACGGAGAACUGGGAGAGUACCAAAAAGAGCUGGAAGGGGAAAUAAAUGCAGCGAAGAAGAAUCUUCAAAGGCAGCUAGUGAAGAUUCAUAAUGGUGUGAGGAAGUUUCAGAGGCAGCUAAUAGAUGUGAAGCCAACUCCUGAGUUGAUUGAAAGACUGAAGGAAAUAAUGUCAGAGGUGGAAACCUCAAUUAACUCCCUAAAAGAGGAACAGCGUUCAUGCUUUGAGGAACUUUUGAAGGAGGAGAGGACAUGCAGACAGGAGAUUGCUGCUUACGAGAAGAGGAUUGAAAGCUUCAGCGUUUCGGUCCAAGCCGACCCCAAACCACACACCGCUCCCACGGUCCAGACCAAACCUCCGAACAGAGACCUCCCUGCAGAGGUUAGAGCUCUGGAGUCUUUCCUGCUGAAGACGGGAGGUGCUUGUGGUGGCUGGGACCAAUAUGACCACCAAGCCUUCCUAAAAGUUUGGGCAAAGCACAGAGGGCAACCAGCCUACAGGAAAGAGGCCAAGCUGUACUUGCCCGGGAAAACACUGGAGGAGAUGGAGCGGCAUGAGGACUGGCAUCAAGAGCUGCUCCACCUCCAGGACAAAAAGAGAGAGGCGAUACAGCGGUGGAAAACAGGCAAGCAGCGAGAACGCCAGACCAGAAUACUGAGUCAGGAGGAGGAGACGGAGGAGGCAGGAAGGAGGGCGAAGGAGGCUAAGAGCCACCAACACAGGACUGAGGAGGAGAGGAGGGAGGCAGUGCGACAACUGGAAGAAUGGAAGGAAGAGAAGAGAAGGAAUAAGGAGCAGGAGGAGGAGAAGAAGCUGGCUGAGGAGAUACAAAAAAGGAGACGGGCAAUGGAAGAGCGUCGCCGGCAGCUGGAAGUGAAGCUGACAAUUGAGGAGCAGCUACGACUGAGGAGAGAGGAGGAGGAAGAGCAGCAGAGGAGGGGGAAAGUGGAGGACCAGCGGGAGCUAGACGAGAGGAGAAGGGAGGCAGCAAAGGUCAUCAAACGCUUUAAUGAAAGAGAUCUUCACAAGGUGGAGGCAAAGCUUCAGGAGAAACAGCUGAGGGCGAAAGAGGAACAGGACAGACAGAGGAGGAUCACUGCUAUGUUGAAAGACAAGGUGGAUGCUCUCGUCAGCAGAGAUCCCUCCAGGCUUACUCGUCCCACGAAGGGAUGGGAGGAGCGAAUGAAACACAUUGGAUCUUCAGGAGGGGGACCUGUGCUGCAGAUGUUUCACAGAGCUGUUCCAACUUGGAGAGAAGGCCUGUGAUGAGCAACAAUCACACAUUCCUGAAAUGCAGAAAUCAGUCUCUUGUUUUUUUUGUAAAGAACAUCUACACAAAGAGACUACAACCCCAAAUUGUAUCUUUCUUUGAAUCUACUAUGGGCUGCCAUGAUUUAUAUUAACUUACAUUUUACUGUUGUUUUACAUAAAUAAAAAUGUACAUCACA